UCUCCGUGUAAUUCUGCUGUGCGAUAGACGUUCGGAUCUUGGACAGACCGUAAAGAGAUUCUUGCAUUGUAUUCUCGGCACAGUGACUAAUAUAUAAACUCAGACCUCUCGCUGUACAACACACGAGAGUUUUCCAGUAUUACUCAAAUCUAAUAAGGGGAUAGUGGUUGUAUUCGUAUGGAUGUCGAGCCAGGAGAGGCACGUGAAGAGCUACGUAGAGCUCUACGGUUCUUUGGGAUGGAAUUCACUCGUCUGCCAUUCCGAGUUUCUCAAUAUGUUUUUCCCUGAGAAGGCCACGAGUCUAGCAGUUCAUGUUCUCAAUGAACUUGCUCAGGAGCUAAAGAUUAGGCCAUGCCCUGUAGUCCUUGCUUCUUUUUCUGGUGGUCCUAAAGCUUGCAUGUACAAGAUAAUUGAUGGAAAGUGUGGAGGACAGGAAAAUCUGGAUGACUUCCGACUGGUUAGAUACUGCAUAUCUGGUUAUAUCUAUGAUUCCAGCCCGGUUGAUUUUACCAGCGAUUUGGGCACAAGAUUUGUUCUUCACCCAACUGUUCGUACAAUGUCCCAUCCACCACGGUUAGCAUCAUGGAUUGCCCACAGCAUUUCUUCUGGUCUUGAUACCCUCUUUCUCAGCAGAUUUGAAUCACAGCGUGCUGAAUAUUGGCAGACUCUGUACUCUUCUAUUAGCAUGAAGGCCCCAUAUCUCAUUUUUUGCUCUGAAAAUGACGAUCUUGCUCCUUGCGAAGUUAUUUGCUAUUUUACUCAACGAAUUCAAGAGCUUGGGGGUGAUGUUAAGCUGGUGAAGUGGAAAGAGUCUGCUCACGUAGGUCAUUUUCGGCAUUAUCCAAUUGAAUACAAAGCUGCCUUGAUGGAGCUUCUUGAUAAGGCAGAUAAAGUUUAUUCUCUGCGAACACUUCGACUUGAUGGAGAAAGGAUGGGCAUGGAGGGAACAAGGGAUGAGAUCCCUGAGCCAAUUUGUGGUGACCUCAAGAAAGCAGCAACAAAGAACUCGAAUAGCUUUCGCGAAGUUGCUAUUGGACCAAGUGACAAUUACUUCUUACCCACUUCGAUGGAGUAUGGCAAUGGUAAAGGUGUUGGUUCAAUGCAAAAUGAACAUAAGCAAGGUUUGAUCCACUUGCAUAGUCUACCAAGCAUUAGUGUUCAUGGUGUCCUUGGUCAAAUGGUUUCUGAUGUCUGUAUUCCCAAGAAUGUCAAGGAUUGGGAUCUCAAAUCAAGUCCUUCAAAUGGUUGUUGGUUUAUUCCCACAAAGAAGAAUACUUCUUUUAAUCCCAUCAAAUGCAUGCGUCGCUCUAGACUUUAAUCUCUCGAUGACAGGUUCACCCUUUUAUGAAUGAAGUGUUUAGGUCCA